AUGGCGACGAUGGUCUCGAAGCCGGCCGUACCCAUCAUCGUCGGCGUCGGUGACUUCCGCAACAAGUCGCUCCAAGUCCAGGACGCCAUGGAGCCGGCACAGCUCAUGGUCAAGGCCGUAGAGUCUGCCAUCGCGGACACGGGCCUAGGCGAUGCGUCUCGAAAGGAGCUGCUCUCCCACGUCGACAGCCUACGGAUCGUGCCGACCUGGACCUGGGCCUACCGUGACCUUGCCUCCCUCGUCGCCGGCCGUCUUGGCAUCGAGCCCUCCCACACCGAGUCUGGCUACCACGGCGGCAACCAACCGGCCUUGCAAUGCGACAAGGCGGCGAAGGCCAUCGCGGCGAGGGAGAGCUCCGUGGCCAUCUUGGCGGGCGGCGAGGCCCUCGCAUCUCUCGCCGCCUGUCAGAAAGCCGGGCAGAACCCUCCUCCCGGGUGGCCGGAGCAGGACCCGGACGGCAAGAAUCUCGGGUCCAUCGACAUGUCCAUCCUGCGCGAGAGCGUGGGGACGCGGCACUCGAUGGGGCUUCCCAUUCACGUCUAUCCCCUCUACGAGAACAGCCGGCGAGCGCACCGAAGGCAGACGGCGGACCGCAACUCGCACGAAUCGGCAACCAUGUACGCGGCCUUUGACCGAAUCGCUUCCAAGAACGAGCACUCGUGGAACUACGGGGAGCCGACGAGGAGCGCCGAGGUCAUUGGAACCAUUUCGAAGCGGAAUCGCAUGAUUUUCUGGGAACGACGGCACUAUCACCAGAGCUCGGCAAUUUCUCAGUCGAUCGAUGCGGCGCUGAACGUCUCGGGCCUCACCAAGGAGGACAUUGACUGCUACGACUUUUACUCGCAAGUGCCUUCGUUUUCGUCUGCCGUUCUGGAUGGCAUCGGGCUAACGGCGCGACGUCAGCUGCUUCCCCAUCGUGCCCAAGCUGGCGUGCGAUCAUCUCGGCCUCUCGACGACGGCGGCGGGGAAACCGAUCACGCUGCUCGGUGGCUUGACAUCCCACGGCGACUGAGGAUGUGGUGGCUGACAACGAGGCAGGCCAUCAACGCCAUGACACGCGAGCUGAGAGCGGGUAGAGGCAAGAAUGGCCUCAUCCUCGCCAACGGAGGCAUGCUCACGCACCAGCACGCUCUGUGUCUCUCGGCCAAGGCACCGUCGGACGAGCGGGGAUAUCCCACCAGCAACCCGCUGCCGCCGAUUGCCGGCCGCUCGACACGGCCCUUUGUCGAGACGGCCGAGGGCCGCGGAACCAUCGAGGUGGGUUUGACGUGGCCGGGCACCGUGCUGAUGGGCGAGCUAACGAACGAUGCGCUCCAGACGUACACGGUCGAGUAUGAUCGUCAAGGCUCCCCGGCCAUGGGACUCAUCGUCGGCGUACUGCAAACGGGUGAACGAUUCCUCGCCAACCAUGGCGAUGAGCAAACUCUUGCCCAGCUGGCGAGCUCCUCGGUCGAGCACGUCGGCCAAGCCAUUCGGGUUCGACCGAGCGAAGGGGGACGGAAUCUCUUUACCCUCGACUGGAGGACGAAUCUGUAG